AUGUCGACGUAUCCGCUACGUGGCCUCCUCUUCUUCUUGCGGGACCGCCACCUCUGGCGCCUGACCGUCUACCCAGUGCUCCUGACCGCAGCCGUCGCGCUCGGCGUCGCCGUGACGCUCUUCACCUUCACGCUCGACUGGCAGGUCGCCAAGUUGCACGCGCUCGGCCUCUCGGGCGCCUUCGCGUGGCCCGUCGCAGUGCUCUUUGUCCUCCUCGAAGUGUUUCUCCUCACGGUCGUCUACGGCCUCGUGGCGCUCGAGUGGUUCAAGGACAAAAUCUUCGCGCACGUCUUGAGCGCCUGUGGCUAUCGGGAGCUCGUGGAGAACGAGGAGCGCCACUCGCCGUUCCUCCGCGUGCUGACGUCGUGCUGCCGCGUGAGUGUGCUCCUGCGACUGGGGCUGCUGGUAGUCACGUUGCCGCUGAACAUGGUGCCCGUGCUGGGCAACCUCACGUACGCGUGGCUCAACGGCACGCUGCUGGCCUGGGAGGCGCACCUGUACUACUUUGAGAUGAAGGCGCUGGACUUUGACGCGCAGAAAGCCAUCAUCGCGCAGCGCAAAAUUCAGUACUCGGCGUUCGGCAUGCAAGCGAUGCUGCUGGAAAUGAUUCCGAUUGCAGGUGCGCUCUUUAUGUUUACGAACGCGGCCGGUGCGGCGCUGUUUGCGGCGAGGAUCGAGAAGGACUCGCGGAAACAGGCGCGUCGUGACGGCAGCAAGGGGAUCAAAGGCGGUGACGACACGGCAGCUGAGAAGGCGAAGAAACAGGCGAAGGGUCGCGUGGAGACGCACGAGAUGGACAAAGUGCCGCUGGUCAGCAAACUGGGCGCAUACGUGCCGCCGUACGGCACAACGACAAAGUAA